AUGGAUGAAGAAACGUUGUUGAGGAAGAGGCCUUCCGAGGUCUCCAUCGAAGUCCUUGAUCCUGAACACUACCACGCACUCGUCAAAGCGAUUCGAAACAUUCUUUCAACAGAGCUGGCAGAGCUGAGCAUAGCACAGCUUAUUGAUGGCCUUCCAUUGAUGAUCUCGGUUUUCGAGAGCCGCGGGUGUCUUGUCGGGAAAGGCCAUCCAUUACUGGAACACGAGACCCUUUGCGAUGGCGCUCUGCAGCAGGCAAAGCAAUUGCGCGACGGAUUCGAACCGGCUGUUCUUUCCUUUUCUUCCAAGAUCAUGCAAGCAUAUCAAAGCUCAGAAAUCGGGUCUCGAGAAUUCAAGAUGCGACUGGUGGAACUGACUGCCGUUUCCAUCCACAACAUAGCGGUGGCUCUAUUUGCACAUCAUCCCAAGCUGCACAGUCAGGAGGACAUCGACGCCACUGUGUCCUGGGUCCUUCCGCCUCGGUGGAUAGAGCACGAUGGCCUCAAACCGCGCUGGGAAAAAGACAUUGAACCCCACCCGACGUUCUUUUACCAUAUAAAUUAUCUUGAUUACGACCGCUACACCCACGGCCUUGCUGAUGUAGCUGGAUACUGGGCAGAGGAUCGCAUAUUUGGUGGUGUCGUUCUGUUUGACAGAGGCGAAUCCGCAUACGAGUGCAACGAUAUAUACCUUCAUUCCGGAAGAGUCAAAGCACCCUCUCGUAUUUGGAAGCUCCUUGACUCUCAGUUCGAGGGCUUAGUUGACUUCCUCAUGUCCGCUGAUAUUAGCACACAAGAACCACCCAUAUCUCUUCCCAUUCUCGCCACCAGAGAAAAUCUCCAUCGCCACGACGCCUGGGAUGCGAUUGCUCUGCACAACAUUUACAGAGACCCCUGGGAACGCAAGUUCCCUCAAACAAAACCCAAAGAGUGGAGGGACGUACGGUCAAUAGGAGAUCACCCAGAGCUGCAGGGCGCUUUCGAUGCAAUCACCAGCUACAAGCCGGAGAAACCGGUGAAAGUCAAACUGACAUAUGACGAGAGGGGAUUGCCGGUUGUAACGAAGUGUUCUAGGGACUUGGAGGCCUCAGAAGACGAGCUGUCGCAGGCAUCAUCCAGCGGCAAGCGCAGGAGGAUUGGAGCGGACAACUCGGGAGAAACACCACCGCAGAAGCCCCCCCCCCCACGCCUGGGCUCUCCACCUCCGUUGGACUCCCCGCCACCUCUCAGUUCGCCUCCUCGACUCGAUUCACCAGAGGCCGUAGAGUUGCCGUCUUCGCCUGGUCGGAGUGGUGCAAGCAAACCGGAGCAGUAG